AUGCAGUGUGCUGGAUUCUCACAAUUUCCUCGAUACCGGGUUGAAGGUAGGGAAAUACCGAAGCUGGCAUCAAUUGGUACACACACGGAUCGUGCUCUGCCUGCGGCGGGCGUCCUCAGGAUGGACUCAUUGGCGUCCGGCGAACAAAUUCAAGCUGUUGCUUACCAGCUGCCGUCUCUCUCGCCCAAAGGACUCAGCUUCGCCACCGACGCGGUCGGGAUUGCUCUCGGGGUCAUCGCCAUCAUCGCUCUUUUUCUACGCCUUUACGUUCGCCUUGGGUUCUCGACAGGUCUGAGCAGACCUCUGGGUCCAGACGAUUACCUAGCUGCAUUUGGAACUCUCACAUUCGCGGCUGCAAUCGUGUUCACCGUUUACGCCACCCGCUAUGGGCUUGGUACACCGGACUCGGAACUUCCUUCGCCACUUUAUCGGAUCCGAGCCGCUGAAUACGUGAUGUACUGGGAGCAACAUGGAAUCCCUUACUGUAAGCUUCAAAGCCCAUACAAGCCAGCGAGAUCCAGGAAUAUAUCGACAAGUGCAAGCCCGGCCGGGAGCCUGCCUCUUUAA